AUGACCAAUAUCAGCCUGACAACCCUUCCUAUUAUGGACGACGUCCUGGAUCGUUCUCAUAACCCUAAUUAUACUAACUGUUCUUCCCCAUGUGGAGAAGAGCGUUCCGAUAACUUUAGAGAUACUGUUGUAGAAGUCAUUUCUAUCACUGGAUUGGUCAUCUCCAUUUUCGGAGCCGUGGGGAACGGGAUUGUCAUCUGGCUUCUCGGCUUCCGCAUCAAGAGGAAUCCUUUCAGCACCUACAUCCUGAACUUGGCUGUGGCUGAUUUUGGGGUCCUCCUAUCAAUUAUGCCUCACAGAAGAAUAUUUAUUCUAAAACCAGAAAUAUCAUUUAUUUCUAUUCCUGCCAUGCUUGUGUUUGUUUUCCUGUUCCUAUCCUUGUACAGCGCUAGUCAAUUUCUCCUGACGGCUAUCAGCAUUGACAGAUGCGUGACCGUCUUCUUCCCACUUUGGCAUCGAUUCCACCGGCCACCGCAUUUGUCCCCCAUCGUAUGUGCACUAAUAUGGGUCGUCUCUGUCUUGCUUAGUGCAAUUACCUGCUAUCUCAGCGGUCUACAUCCAUAUGAAUCAAAACUUGAAGAAUUUUUCCAGUUGAUUUUGAACUCCGUGAUUUGCCUCCCAAUCAUGACGAUUGCCACUGUGUCCCUGUUCAUCAAAGUCUGUUUGAAAACACGGCAGCGUCAGAGGGGAAGGCUUUUGACCAUCGUCUUGCUCACUGUUCUCUUCUUCCUUCUCUUUGCGUUUCCAUUGAAUGUCACGUACAUGCUCGCUAAACUUGGCUAUUUACCAGGAUACAUGUCAGCUAUUGCGCUUCUAUCAGCUGGUUUAAAUAGCGGUGUAAACCCAUUCAUUUACUUCCUGGUUGGGAGGCAAUGGAAGUCCAGACGUUGGGAGAGCUUGAAGAUGAUCCUCCAGAAGGUUUUCAAGGAGGAAGAAGACUCUGCGGGGGAAACCCCAGGUGAAAGCCGGGUAUGA